AGGGCGUCACUAGAGGACAGGUGUCUCGGUGGCAGGAGCGGAAACACAAAGUGAGAACUUCCAAGAGUUUUUCACUACGAACAUGUUCCUCACCAACGGCUUCAGCCACAACGAAGCGUAAAACGGAGAGACACUGAGAGGACCUCUAAAUGUCGACGGUUUGGACACUUGCUGCGUUCUAGUGUAAAAACUGGAUUAGCCUAACGACACCCAACGAUAACGAAAACCUAGUGGAGCUGACGUCCAGAUCAUCUUCUUGGAAAGGCAGGACCUCAACACAGCGACGAAUCCCGAGCACAGCUCAACUACUGCCACAUCGUUAAGAGGUUGAGCAAGACACUUGAAAGAAGGCUUAUGUCCCCAGGGCGAAGCUGCGCGUAGAUAACGGGGAGACCGGAGCAGAUAACGGGGAGACCGGAGCAGAGUGGAGACCGCGGCUGAGACUCUCACUGAAGCGCGUGCUGAACUAUGGAGAUGUACACCAGGAAACUUGGCACCCUGCUGUCACUGACGCUUCUGUUUGCAUUUACCGGCGUCCUGGCUGAGCUACAGAUGCCCCAGGCCAGCGUGGAGGUGACCCAGGGCAGGAAGGUGGUGCUACAGGCCUGGUACAGCCCCAACACCAACAUGGAGAGGAACAUCAUCAUCUGGAACUAUGUAGCCAACGACUCCAAACUGAUCAUCUCCUACACUCUAGACUCGCUGAGCUUUGGGGAGUCUCCUCUUCAGGGUCGUGUUGGCUUCACAGCCACCAUGCCCUCCACCAACGUGUCGCUCUACAUCAACAACACGAAGGAGUCGGACUCUGGACGCUACAUGUGUCAGGUCAUCUUUCCUGGAACAGGCAUCGUUUCUGGAUUAGUCACCACCACCCUCAACGUCAAGGUGCCCCCUGCUGUUCCGGAGUGUUCCUUGUCGGGGAAGCCUGUCCUGAAGGCCAACGUAUCUCUGAGCUGCAUGUCCGGCUCUGGGAAGCCCGUCCCCGUCUACAGGUGGCAGAAAACCACGCCAGAGUCCCAGUACUUCUUCGCUCCGCACCAGAAUGAAGUAACAGGCGUUCUGAGGCUGACCAACCUGAGCAGCAACAUGUCAGGGAAGUACGUGUGUACCUCCAGCAACACAGCAGGGGAGGAGCGCUGCUACAUCAACCUGGAGGUUAUCACCUCCACUAACUCAGGGAUGAUUGCUGGAGCCACAGUUGGCUCAGUGUUCGGCUUCAUCUUCAUCAUCCUCUUCCUCAUCUUCCUCCUGAAGAGGAGGAGAGACACGGAGGAAGAUCUGGCCAAUGACAUCAAGGAGGACGCCCAGGCUCCCAAGCGCGUCUCGUGGGCUAAGAGCGGCUCAGGGUCUGACAUCAUCUCUAAGAACGGCACCCUCUCCUCCAUCACCUCCAGCCCUCACCAGAGGGCACCCUACCACCACCACCCCGCGCUGCAGCAGUACCCCCAGCGCCCGCCCUCCGACACCGCCUCUGUCCUCACCACCGCCGGCAGCACGGCCGGCUACCGGCCCCGCCAAGCCUCCUCCACCCCCACCCCCGCCUACGGCUACAGCAGCAACAGCGCGCCGCGCGGUGAGCCGGCCAGUAAUGGCAGCUCUCUGGCCAGAACAGAGCGCUCCACGCCCCUCCCCCAGACCCACCCCCAGACCUACGCCCAGGUGCCCCGCCCCCCACCUCUGCCCUCCUCCGUGGUCACGGCCUCCAACAUCUCCAGGAUGGGGGGGGUGCCCAUCAUGGUGCCGGCCCAGAACCAAGCGGGCUCUCUGGUGUAGCAGAGAGGAUCUCUGACGUCCUGAGACACGUCUUUCAAAGGGAACUCUGCUGCUUAAAUAGAUGAUUUCCAGUAUAAUUCAAGUGUUUCAAAGCUUGAGUAGGAUCUCAAGAGGCAGGGGCAAAACCUUAAAACACAGACUGUGUUACUGAACAAGGAAAAUUCUUUAUUUAACUUUAUACUAUAAUUUUUUAUAUUUGAUAAAUACUGCAUAAACGUCCAGAUAGCGAUUGCAGACUGUUGUGCAGCAUCUUCUUUUCUAUUGGAUCAGACAAUGUAUGUUUUUUUACAUGAUUCUUUCAGUGCAGGUUUAACAAGUCCUCUGUCAUUACCAAGGAUUUUAUCGAUUCCAAACAGAUUUGUUGCGUAGAUGUAAGGGCGUAAGUUUGAUGAUACAUGUUUGAUUAUACAUUUUGGAUUAUAAUUUUUUAUAAAAUUAUAAUUUUUUUAAGGCAAAUCUGUCCCCCCAACUUUUUAUUAAGAAAAUCGUCUUCAACAGGCGUAUCCUUAGUUAGUAUUAAAGCUGUCCCCAACGUCUGGAAACAAACCUAUGGCCAUGCGUUGAUGUCUUGGACAAAUGAGUUUGAAGAACAAAAUGAUAAUCCCACAUACUUUACUGAAGGUUUUCUUUCAUUUUCUGUAAUAUUUUCUUGAUAUUCUAUGGUUAUUUUAGAAUAGUAAUCAUAGAGAUGAUUAUGAGCUUCACCCCUGGUCAGCAACUGGGCCAGCCUCAUCCAGACAAACCACUGUUGUACUAGAGCUGUACUAGAGCUGUACUAGAGCUGUACUGGAGCUGUACUGCAGCUGUACUAGAGCUGUACUGCAGCUGUACUAGAGCUGUACUGGAGCUGUACUGCAGCUGUACUGCAGCUGUACUAGAGCUGUACUGGAGCUUUACUAGAGCUGUAUUAGAGCUGUACUGCAGCUGUACUAGAGCUGUACUGCAGCUGUACUAGAGCUGUACUGGAGCUUUACUAGAGCUGUACUAGAGCUGUACUGCAGCUGUACUAGAGCUGUACUGCAGCUGUACUAGAGCUGUACUAGAGCUGUACUGGAGCUGUACUGCAGCGGUACUGCAGCUGUACUAGAGCUGUACUGCAGCUGUACUGGAGCUUUACUAGAGCUGUACUAGAGCUGUACUAGAGUUGUACUAGAGCUGUACUUUAGCUACUUGGUGCACAUGAAAGCUAGAAGUAUACAGUCAUCUAUAUCUAAAGCUUCCUACUAAAAUAAACACUCUUUUAGACGUAGUGCUUCAAAUGUAGUCGCUAACACGGAACACCCUGCAGACAAGCUGCCCAUAAAACAAUCACAUGUAGUCAUUUAGCAGACGCUCUUAUCCAGAGCGACCUACAGUAAGCCAAGGGACAUUCCCCCAGUUGGUCACAGUUCGGUGACCAACAUGGCAGCUGUCUAAAACCACCAUUGAAAUUGUAAAUAAGAUAUUGAUUGUGUGAACUGUAUUUGAGUAACUCCCUUGGUCACCUAGACGCCUAUGUAGUCAACAGAACAGUACUGUUGACAAUGUCAGUUUAAAAUCCAGUAACAAAGCCAAAUAUUUUUGUUUUUUAUUUUCUCCCAAAAAAGUGUGAACAAAUUGUUUAGGACAUGAACUCAAUUCUGUUUCCCUCCAUUUUGAAGAAAACAGGUGAAAAAAACCAGAAAAAGAUUAUUUUCUUAAACUUUGCCAACUAUUUCUAAUAUUGUUAUUGAACUAUUGUUUCAAACUUUCUGCAACUGGAGACUGCUUAUUGUCGUAACACUGGAGAAACACUAUAAUGUUCCAGUUCUGUGAAACACUAUAAUGUUCCAGUUCUGUGAAACACUAUAAUGUUCCAGUUUAGUGAAAAACUAUAAUGUUCUAGUUUAGUGAAACACUAUAAUGUUCCAGUUUAGUGAAACACAAUAAUGUUUUAGUUUAGUGAAACACUAUAAUGUUCUAGUUUAGUGAAACAAUAUAAUGUUCCAGUUUAGUGAAACACUAUAAUGUUCUAGUUUAGUGCAGACAGGAGCCGGAGGAGCAGACUGUCUGAAGAGGAUGAGCCUCUGGGUAGUCUCCUUCGCAGUGACAUAUAUUUAUUAGUUUACAUUGGCAAGAUAUAUUACUAUUGUUGUAAAGGAUAGCACUUCAAAGAAAUUAAGAGAUAGUUUUUGUGUUGUGUUACUGUUGACAUACAGUAUAUGCACAAGACAGUGGAAAAAGAGAGAAACAAUGAAUGUCAGAACAAUUAAAAAGUAUUUCCUAGUUGCUGUCUUUUUCUUGAAAAGGUAAUGGUUUUGGAUAGUAUGAACACACUGAUGGACAGAUUUGUGCAGAUGUAUAUAUGCUAAACAAUAGAUGCAAUGUGGAGUGUUCUUUGGUUUCUUUCAAUUUUAUGUAUAAUAAAAAUCCUUUGCAUUAAGAUUUAUAAUUAAAAUAUAAAUAGUUCAAAUUGUGUUUGUCUCAUCUAGAAGCUUUUCACUUUGUGUCACCCUGCAAGUAAACAUGUGGUCUGAUUGUUUGUUCAUUGAGGGAUGUCUUACUACCUCCUAGUGGUCAUGGUCCGUCAUUGCACUCAACAACUCACGACCAACAACAAAAACAUAAUCAAAUGAUUUACUCUGGUCACACUGUUCUUUGCACUGUCGUCUAACGACAUGAAAAUAGUAAUGAAUAAACGUUUGGCACAUCUUAGGUUAUCAUGUUUAUUUGAAUUUGCGAUUAGCACAGAGUUCCCACUGAAGUGGCUCAAAAGAAUACGUCUUGUUGAAAUCAGCUCAUCCAUGAAUGACAGUCAAUGAAAACUCAAUGAAUAACUCCACAGCCUAUGGGUGACAUGUUCUUAUCAUUCAGAUUAUACAGUACAUACUGUACAAGUAUAAAAUUAACAACAGUGUCAUUUCCUAUUUUAAGAUUAGAUACAAGUUAAAACAAACGACAAAAAAGUCAAAAGAGCACUGAAUAUCCAAA